CAAACUUUAUCAUUGAGUGUGAUUUUGACAACUGGAUAUUCAACCUGACAGUAUCUCAGCCUGUUCACAACCAGGUCAUCUACUGUAGCAAACAGACAAGUCAAUCUGAAAAUACAGUCAGUACUACUGUACGUGUACAAGUUUGGUAUAGACUUCAUUUCAAUGAGAACAGUAACAAAACAGGAACAUUUUCCAGUACAAGAGAGCAUUCCCAAACGGUGGAGAUGAUACCGUAAAAUAGUGAAGGUUAUGUAGACAGGCCGACAUUAGCUGCUCUAUUACUUGUGUAGAUCCACAUGUCGCAUUAUGAUGCUAUAGGGGAUACUCAUCCAUCUCAACUUUAUUUGACCAGAGACGGCCGAAGAUAUCCGUCGCAAGAUACAGGGAGAAUUAGGAGAUAUGUCUAAAUCAUACUGGCCACUCACCCCAUCAUUACAAAAUUACAAUAGACUUCUUUCUUCCUUAGUAAAAAGAUGUUUUCAUUUACACAGCAUAGAUUAUCCCAAGUAGCAAUUUCUAUUAAACUUUGUAAGCCAUUGGAAUUAUAUCACUUAUUUUCAGUUUGGUAUUGGCUGGACUUCAUUUCAAGGAGAACUUUACAAAACCCCAGACAUUUUUGUUUUGCUUUUUGUUUGGUUCACGGUAAAUUACAGUGCGGCAUUUGACGCAGUGUAAAUGGAGAUAAUAGACGGGGUUUGCGACGACGUAUUUAUCAUUACUUAAUAAAAUCAUACUUCAAAUUGGUUGUAUGUAAAACUUAUACGUUACCAAUUUUGAUGCACCAGAUGCGCAUUUCGACAAAUAAUGUCUCUUCAGUGAUGCUCAACCGAAAUGUUUGAAAUCCGAAAUAACUAUGAAGUUUUAGAGCUAAAUAUAGCCAAAAACAGCGUGCCAAAAAAGUGGAGCCAAAUUCGCCCAAGGAUUAGAGCUAUGCGUGAGGGAGAUAAUCCCUAAUUUUGAAAUGAAUUUCUAAAUUUUAUAACAACAAUUAAAUAUACAUCCGUAUUUUCAAGCUAGUAACGAAGUACUUAGCUACUGGGCUGUAGAGACCCUCGGGGACUAGAGUGUAUCUAUAUGAGUGAAAGAUUCUCGAGAAGGACAUUAAACAAUAUACAUGUACAAUCAAACAAUCAAUCAAAGUGGUUGUCCUUGCCUCUCUAUUUUUCAUGGUAACCCUACGUCAUUGUAUUAUCAAAGUGUCAAAAUUGACUGCAAAUAUUACCAAAGUAUAGAACAUUAAUUCAAUGAAAUAGUAAUUUAGUUCCAUUGAUAACUUAAUACUUGGAUGACCGAACCAAUGCCGUAAGCUGUCGAAACACAAAGACAGAUUAUAUUUUUGUGAAAAUCCGGAAACAUUGAAAAGUCGGUUAUGAUGAAAAACACACAUCUAAAAAAUAGCAGCAGUUAUAGUAUCACAGAGGUCGGGCCCAAAACGGGCUUAGCCUCUGUGAUAUUUUUAUUUCAAAGGAAAACGUGAGAAGAAAAAGUCUCUUGAUAUGGCCUUCAAUUCCACAUUUAGAUAUAUCGACGACGUUUUAUCUGUUAACAAUAAUAAUUUUCAUUGAAAGACACCACAGAGUCGUCCACUCACGGCUGUUUCAUGCUUAGUUAUGUAAUUGAAAUUAACGCUAAACUAACAACUCAACGUUAUAACAAACGGGAUGAUUUCAGCUUCUUUAUCGUCAACUUCCCAUAUUUAUGUAGCAAUGUCUCAUUAUCAUCUGUAUUUGGUGUUUAUAUCUCACAUCUAAUUCGACACGCAAGAGUUGUUAUGCGCGUGAUCACUUUUAAAAUCAAGACAGGCUUCUGACAAACAAGUUGAUGGUGUAGAAGUUUCAACAGUCUCGUGUAAAAGCAGUAUUUCGCAAAUUCUAUGGUCGUUAUACAUAUAACGAUCUAGUUUGCCUGACGUGCUUCAUACCGGUUGUUAGGGCGUUCUUGGCACACUGAUUUUGACUACGGAUAACUCCGUUUACCCGAUCAAGAUAUGGGGUUCAUGACGUUUGUGUAACCGGUCAACAGGGGAUGCUUACUCCUCCUAGGCACCUGAUCUCACCUCUGGUAUAUCCAGGGAUCCGUAUUUGUCCAACUCUAUUUUGUAUUGCUUAUAGGAGUUAUAAAAUUGAUCACUGUUGGUUAUUUUCACUUUUUAUGUUAUCUAUUCUACAUGUAUUAUUGGUCAGGCUUAAGAUAAAUGAAGAGCAUAGAUAGAUUUUAUAAUCGAAGAAAGUAAAAUGGGGAUUGUACCGUUAUUUAAGAGAAAAUAUUUACUGGAAACGUACAUGUAAUUCCUAGGGGAUGAUAUGAACUAUGUUAAUUUGGCUGUGAAGAAAAUCUGAUCAGAUCUGCAUAUGUUUUUUUUUUCCCGGAAGGAUCUAACCUAAGUCAGUAUUUUCUGGAGCAAAUACUAUGGAAUUUUUACUACAACAUUAUCCAUUUUGUGUAUACUUGUAUUAAAACUCCUUUGAAGAGAAUGUUUGAACACUUUUGUUUUCAUUUAAAUUCGAUGAUUAAUCUGAUGAAAGUGCUUGCCAGAAUUCUAAUUAUAAACAGAUUGUUAAAAAUACUUUUGGCAGCUAAUAUAAAGAAUUUUAAAAGUAAUGCACUCCACAUGUAGUGUCUUAAAAUAAAAAUAAUGUAUCUCAGAAAAUAUAAAAGAAAGCGAUGUUUUUUUCUGAAAAUGAAACAAAUUUCAAAUAAAGUAAGCUUUUACUAGCGUUUAAUUCAAUAAUACUCUGAUUUUCUCAAUUAAUGGGAAACAUCGUGGCGUAACAGUAAAAGUCGAUAAUAUCCCAGUAUGACACACUUUUGACUUUAAUUGUCUUUUCAAAAGUUGAUAUUACCAAUAACUGUAAUUGUAUUUGAUACAAUUUUACACGUCAUUGCUUUUAAACGUCUUAGACUUGUACGGAAAAGGAUGACAGACGUGCAAUUUUCAUUGUCAGUUCUAUCAUAUUUUGUAGGUCAAGAUAUAACGUUGACUCCACAUAGUCCUGCCACAGUCAGAGAGGGACAAGCGUUAGUGCUGACAUGUCAAUCAAACCAGACUAGUGGAUUAUAUGCGUUCUCUUACAUCAACAAUGAAGGGAAUAGAAUUCUUUAUGCUGCAGUAGGAGGAGGAUUCCAGUCAUGUAGUAAUAACACCAAUGAUGCAUUCAUAGAGUGUGAUUUUGGGACUCCAUGGAAAUUCAAACUAACAUUGCUAAAUCCUGUUCACAACCAGAUAGUCCAUUGUCAGAGGGGUGAUGUAAACACAAGUACCACUAUCUUUGUGCAAGUACCCGUCAGUAGCGUCACAUUGUCACCAUCGUCCAGUGUAGAGGUCAUUGAAGGACAACCUUUCACCUUCAGAUGUGAAUCAAAAGCUGCCAGACCAGCAGCAAACAUAACAUGGUACAAAGAAGGCGUGGUCUUGAAUGAAAGUUCAUCAAUCUCGUCAACGAAUACUCUGCUGUAUGAUGUGACCAGUAAUAUCACGUCAUCUUUUCAAAGAACGGAUAAUGGGAAGAGGAUAUAUUGUACUGCAAUCAACAUCUAUGGAGACACUCCAAUCCAGUCAGUCCAAACUGAACUAGGUGUAAUAUAUGCACCCCCUGCUGCCCCACAACUGACAGCUGAUGGAUCUACGUUAGUGGAUGAAGGACAGUCCAUUACAUUACGGUGUAACUUAUCUACACUGGGUAACCCUCACAUCACGUGGAGCUGGCUAUGUGGAGAUGACAGACUGACCACUGAAAUGACCAAUACAGGGACCCAUUCAGUGCUGACAUUGAUAGCAAACAGAAAGUACAAUCAGAGAACGUGUCAGUGUAGAGCCACAAGUCCAAGAUCGUCAUUGUCAUAUAACAAGACGUCAGGAACACAAACCAUCACUGUGUACUAUAACAAUGUCAUCACAUCAAACUUAGAUAAAGAAUAUGUCACUAGUGAACAUGAACGACUUCAGAUAAAAUGUGAUGUGGAGGGAAAUCCGUUAUCUAACAUCACCUGGGUGUUUGUUCAAAACAACACUGUUGUAAAGAGAGACUCUAAUGUAAACAGUAGCACACUGGAUAUAUCAUCAGUAAAUUGCUUAGAUCACGGGAGCUACAAAGUUACAGCUGAAAAUGGAAAGGGACCAGCAGCUGUCAGAACAACCAAUGUGGUGGUUAGGUGUAAACCCCGACUGCAUUACAGUGCUUCCCAGACUCCGAACAAUCUUGUUAUAGGAAAUUGCGACUCUCUUCAAAUUAUCGUGAGAUUAUUAUUAUACCCACCAGCGACUCUGACGCAGUGGACUUUCAUAGGAAAAAACAAUGUGAGUAGAGUCCUUCACAAUAAUACAGAUGAUUACAGAAUAACAGUUGCCGGAGAAGAAAAUGAACAAAACAUCACUCUACACAAAAGUAGGGUUUAUGCAGAGGAUUUUGGAAAUUACACGAUAAUGGUUCAGAAUGAUGUUGGUACUUUCUACGGAAGUCAUCAAGUGGACACAGCAACACCACCAUUGAUGCCAACCAAUGUUACACUGGACUGCGGCAACCCCUUUUCCAUAAAGUUAUCGUGGAUUUCUAACUUUAAUGGUGGAGAUAGUCAGACUUUUAAGAUUUCCUAUUCCACUGUCGGUAAUUUAUCAGCAUCAUUUAAAGAUGUAGAAUACAUUCGUGACAAUGGAUAUGGAAGACUCCACAGUUACACUCCCAGUAUUGAGCUUCAGGGGACAGUAUGGUUUACAGUUACUGCUUUCAAUAUGCUUGGGAAAUCUACAUCAGAUGUGCUUUGCACUGUUACAGGAAUACAGGAGAGUGUCGAGAAUCAGAUCGGGGUAGCAGUAGGGAGUACUGUAGGGAUCGUGACCUUCAUCAUCAUUAUCCUAGUCCUCGUGAUCUUUCUCCGAAGGCGAUAUACAUUCACCUGUGUAAUAAAGUUGGAGAGAAAAAACAUAGAUAAAGGUAUAAACAUAACCGAUUUAACGAAAGCCGAAUUCAGUACCCCAAUCACAGAGCACAGUGUACAUCUACACGGAGAAAGGGGUGUGUAUGAAGAAUUGACAGAGACAGAAAAUGGAAAUCAGUAUGAGGGUCUCUCCACUAAAGAUGAACAAGACAGCGAGAGGCAAACUUACGAGAGCAUACAAGGAUCCAGUGGUGAAAGCAAAUAUGAGAAACUUUCAACUGUUUCUAAAAGAGAAGACGAUGACGACAAAUACCAGAAUUCGCAGAAACCGAAGACUUCAUCACCAUCCGAUGUCUACUUGAACGCCUCAUUUCAAAAUUAGAAGUCUCGAAGGAGGUCUUGAGCGACAGUUUGAAAUGAUAAUUACGAAAGAAAGACAACGUACAAAAUUGAUCGUAAUUGUACCACACUAUUCAACGUACUGCCAACACACAUAUGUGGGUUACUUUAUACAUAAUGCUCUUAGUAAACGAUUGUAGUUUAAACUUGAUACACUACUACUGUAUAAUAAUAAUAUUUACAGAGCAUACGUCGGAAUCGAUCCCGUCGGUUUGAUGUCAAAUCGGUAUAUUUAUACUCAUCGUUUGUUAAGAAUCGAAUUAUACUUGUGUCAUUUAGAAAGUAUGUACACAAACUAUAUGUGCAUGUAAAUAUUCAGGGGUUAUUGUUUUUUUCACAACAACUGGACAUAUUUUAUUUUAAUAUCGCUGUUUUUAUAUUCUGAUUAGGCAGUGUAAAGAACGGGGGAAAGAUAGGUUUUUCGCUGCAAAAUAGCGGUCGAGAGACACACCUCAUUAUAGUCGAUGGAUGUGAAUUGUGGAGGAAUAGUAUAAAGCGAACAUA